GGAGCAGCCGGUGGCUAAAAUUUUGGCUGGCUCCGCGGGCGCACGUCGUUUAGCGUUUCCGCUCGCCUUGGGACCUUGCCCCUGGCCCUCCGAGAUGCCGGGACCGGCCGUGGAGGCAGCGGCCAGGGGCGGCGGCUGCUGCGGGAAGACGGCCGGCAAGUGGGAGAAGACGUACCUGGAUGUCCUGGGCAUCUGCUGCACCGCUGAGGUGGCGCUCGUUGAGCGGCUCCUGGCGCCCAUCAACGGCGUGAGGGCGGUCACCGUCGUCGUCCCCUCCCGGACCGUCAUCGUCGACCACGACACGGCCGCCGUCUCCCAGUUCCACAUCGUGAAGGUUCUGAACAAGGCGGGCCUCGAGGCCUCCGUCCGAGCCUAUGGCAGCAGCGCCGGCGCCCCCGGGCGGUGGCCCAGCCCGUUCAUCGUGGCCUGCGGCGUGCUGCUCGCGGCGUCCCUGUUCGCGCCGCUCCUCCCUCCGCUGCGGUGGCUGGCGGUGGCGGCGGCCUGCGUGGGGUCCCAGCCCAUGCUGCUGAGGGCGUUCGCGGCGGCCGGCAAGCUCACCCUGGACAUCAACAUCCUGAUGCUCAUCGCGGUGGCCGGGGCCGUGGCGCUCGGGAGCUACACGGAGGCGGGCGCCAUCGUGUUCCUCUUCACCGUGGCCGAGUGGCUGGAGACGCUGGCGUGCACCAAGGCCAGCGCCGGGAUGCUGUCCCUGAUGUCCUCGGUGCCCAAGACCGUGGUGCUCGCCGAGACGGGGCAGGUCGUCGGCAUGGGUGACGUGGCGGUCGGCACGGUCGUCGCGGUCAGGGCCGGGGACGUGGUCCCCGUGGACGGUGUUGUGGUCGGCGGGCAGAGCGAGGUCGACGAGAGCAGCCUCACCGGCGAGUCCUUCCCCGUGCCGAAGCAGGCGCAGUCCGAGGUCUGGGCCGGCACCAUCAACUUGGAUGGUUACAUCUCCGUGCGGACGACGGCCCUCGCCGAGAACUCGACGGUGGCGAAGAUGGAGAGGCUGGUGGAGGAGGCCCAGAACAGCCGGUCCAGGACGCAGCGGCUCAUCGACUCGUGCGCCAAGCACUACACCCCUGCCGUGGUCGUCCUCGCCGCCGGGGUGGUCCUCGUGCCCGUCCUGCUGGGAGCUCCCGACCUGGAGCACUGGUUCCGGCUGUCCCUGGUGCUGCUGGUGAGCGCGUGCCCGUGCGCGCUGGUGCUGUCCACGCCCGUCGCCACCUUCUGCGCGCUCCUGCGGGCGGCCAGGAUGGGGCUCCUCGUCAAGGGAGGCAACGUUCUUGAGUCGCUGGGCGAGGUCAGGGUCGCCGCGUUCGACAAGACCGGGACCAUCACCAGAGGCGAGUUCAGCAUCAAGGACUUCCUUGUGGUGAGGGACAAGGUUCAAAUGAGCCAGCUACUUUACUGGGUAUCUAGCAUCGAGAGCAAAUCAAGCCACCCAAUGGCUGCUGCACUUGUCGAGUAUGCCCAGUCCAAAUCUAUACAGCCGAAGCCGGAGGACGUGACUGAGACUUGCAUCUACCAUGGCGAGGGCAUCUAUGGGGCCAUCAAUGGAAAACACAUCUACAUCGGAAACGAAAGGAUCAUGGCAAGGUCCUCGUGUCGUCAACAAGAAGCUGGCCACCGAGAAACAGAUGGCCUCAAAGGCGUGUCCGUUGGUCUCGUGAUCUGCGACGGCGAUCUCGUGGGCAAGUUUUCGCUCUCCGACACCUGCAGGACCGGGGCGGCCGAGGCGAUCUUGCAGCUGCGAUCAAUGGGGAUCAAGUCAGUGAUGCUCACCGGGGACAGCGAAGCGGCGGCCAAGCACGCGCAGGAGCAGCUCGGCGGCGUCCUGGAGGAGCUCCACUCGGGGCUCCUCCCGGAGGACAAGGUCCGGCUCAUCCGGGGGCUCCAGGCGCGGCACGGGGCGACGCUGAUGGUCGGCGACGGCAUGAACGACGCGCCGGCGCUCGCCGCGGCGGACGUGGGCGUGUCCAUGGGCCUGUCCGGGUCGGCGGCCGCCAUCGAGACGAGCCACGCCACGCUCAUGUCCGGCGACGUCCUGCGGGUGCCCAAGGCCGUCAGGCUCGGGCGCCGCACCCGCCGGACCAUCGCCGUCAACGUGGCCUCCUCCGUCGGCGCCAAGGCCGCCGUCCUGGCGCUCGCCGUCGCGUGGCGCCCCGUGCUGUGGGUGGCCGUGCUCGCCGACGUCGGCACGUGCCUGCUCGUCGUGCUGCACAGCAUGCUGCUGCUGAGGGACGCGGCCCGCGCGCGGCGGAGGUGCGGCGGGGCGUCCAAGGCGUGCUGUGCUACGGCGUGCAAGGCGCCCAAGACAGCGUGCUGCGCUACGGCGUCCAAGGCGUGUGGCGCGACGACGGUGAAGCCUGUGGCCACGAGGCCCCAGCCCGCGGGCGCAGGGAAGAAGGCCGAUAGGCCAGGAGGUGACAAGCAUGGUAAUGGUAAAGACGACUGCCAUCGUUGCUGCCACAAGCAGAGCAAGCUGCCCGAGGACGCCGUCGUGAUCGCCAUACCGGUACGAGCCGUGGAGCACCGGAAGGACGCGGCCGCUCACGAGAAGGCGGAAGGCAACGCCGCCGGGGGAUGCUGCGGUGGCGCUCCCGCUUCGGCCGCGUGCUGCGCGGAAGCACACGGUGGCGAGGACGAGGUGUGCAUUGUCAUCAGCGCGAGGUCGCCCUGCUGCAGCACGGCGAGGAGUCGGUCUGCUUCUCCCAAGGACGCCAUGUGCUGCGGCUCCGGUGGUAAAGACGGCGGCGCCAUCUCAGCCCUUGUGUGCUGACCUGACCUACAACACUAGCAUCUGUGGAAUAUCACGAGUACGACUUCGUAGAGUGCUCUUGUACUACGCUCCCCUUAGAUCAGUUGGGAAUAGUGGCUGGCCCAUUGUCAGCCUUGUUUUUUUUUCAUCACCGUCGCCAGCUUGUGCGUUGCCAUGGUGAAAUGAAAACAGCUGUUCAAUUUUCAGCUCCUGCUGGGCACUCUAGUA